CGACCUUAGGCAAAGAGAGAGAGCAGAAGCAGGAGAAUCAGCUCGCGGGAACUGAAUCGCAAUGGUGUCUGGUUCGGGAAUAUGCGCGAAGCGCGUGGUCGUCGACGCGCGUCACCACAUGUUGGGGCGUCUGGCUUCGAUCAUCGCCAAGGAAUUGCUCAACGGGCAGAAAGUGGUGGUCGUCCGAUGCGAGGAGAUCUGUCUGUCGGGAGGUCUGGUCAGACAGAAGAUGAAGUACAUGAGGUUCCUCAGGAAGCGCAUGAACACCAAGCCGUCGCACGGCCCGAUUCACUUCCGUGCUCCGUCUAAGAUCUUCUGGCGAACCGUUCGCGGGAUGAUUCCGCACAAAACAAAGCGUGGAGCGGCAGCUCUUGCUCGUCUGAAGGUGUUUGAGGGAGUCCCUCCUCCUUACGACAAGGUUAAGAGGAUGGUGAUCCCUGAUGCUCUCAAGGUUCUAAGACUUCAGAAGGGGCAUAAGUACUGCUUGUUGGGCCGUCUAUCUUCUGAGGUUGGAUGGAACCACUACGAUACCAUCAAGGAGCUCGAGAAGAAGAGAAAGGAGAGGUCUCAGGCCUUGUACGAGCGGAAGAAACAGCUCAACAAGCUCAGGGCCAAGGCUGAGAAGGUCGCGGAGGAGAAACUCGGUCCCCAACUCAACGUUCUUGCACCGGUUAGGUACUGAGAAACAAACCGAUUUCCAUCACUUUUUGUCGCUGAUUCUUUGAGAGGAGGCCCCCUUUUUAUUGUUGUACCUGUGGAAUUUGUUCGUGGUUUUGAAUCUGAUUAUUGCAGACGACGAAAGAGAAAAAGGUCUUGCCUUUAAAACGCCAUUUUUACAUUCCAAUGGAUAUUAAACCCUAAAUUCUUCACA